AUGGCCUCUAUGUCAGAGUAUGAUACAAUUAUGAGAGGUAAUAAUUCCAGGGUCUGUCCUAUCAGACCUGUAAAGUUUUACUGGAGUAUUAAGGGUUAUCAUGCGUUUAGAAUUAGGCCCCAUCCUGAGAUAUACUUGAAUGUAGAAUUAGAGGAUAACCCAUAUGAUCCAAAUGCCAUGAAAGUUUGUUUUCCAACACUUCAGCACAUUCCUCAACAUCUGCAGAAUGCAGUUACUCAGGAUAACCAUCUACAGAGGGUGAGACAUAUAGCAGGAAAACAGAUAGGGAGGUGCCCAGCAAACCUUUGUCGGGCAUUUCGCCUGAUGUUAGAGAGGGAAUAUGCAACAUCAAUUGUGUGUAAAUGUUCCGGAGAAGUUAUACAGUCAACAAGACCUCAUCUUCACCAACAAUACAGAAGAAGAAGAGGAAAUGAGAGGCAUGACCUACCUGGGGGUGGUGCAGAACUGAAAUGUUUCUAUGUUAUUUAUAUAAAAAGACAACAUUUUGAGGCUGCAAUGCAUAUAUUAGAGGAGUGUCUUCCACUGGUUGAACUUAAUCACAGACUUUAUGCUUAA